AGCUCAAAACAGACGCAGCGCGCGCUCUGAGGUGCAGCACGCGAAACGGAGCUCUUCUCUGCUGCUUGAGACUGCAAAGACAAGAGCUGUUCCGGAUAACAUCAAGAGCAGAAAGCAUAUGUGUGCAUCAUGAAGUUUGCGGCUUUAGUCUGCUUGGCUGUUUUCUUCGCUGCAGAUGGAGAGUCCAUGCCAGUCGAGCAGGACAGCCAAAGAGAAGACCUGCUUACCCAGUGUUUAGUUCACAUCCUUUCAAAGGCGCUGUAUAAGACUGAUGAUACUCCACUGCAUCCAGAAUGCAAAAACAUCCUUAGACCAGGAUCAGGUCAGUCAUCAAUUGUGAAAGACGAGGAUGACACCCUAGAGCCAGUUCAAGAUGAACUUCUAAAGCCAAGCGGAGAGUCUAAAGUCAAGGAGGAACUAAUUGAGGAUCUUCUCAAAACUAACAAACGGGAGGAAAUGGAUGACGAACGUAGCCAGGAAGAGUUCCCAAGUUUUUUUAAAAGAAGAAUCAAAGAGAGGCGUGAGGAAAUGGAUGACGAACGUAGCCAGGAAGAGUUCCCAAGUUUUAUGAAAAGGAUAAUGAAAGAAAAACGUGACAAACUGGAUGGUGAGCGAAGCCAGGAAGAGUUCCCAAGUUUUAUGAAAAGAAGAAUGAAAGAAAAACGUGACGAACUGGAUGACGAGCGAAGCCAGGAAGAGUUCCCAAGUUUUAUGAAAAGAAGAAUGAAAGAAAAACGUGACGAACUGGAUGACGAGCGAAGCCAGGAGGAGUUCCCAAGUUUUAUGAAAAGAAAAAUGAACGAAAAACGUGACGAACUGGAUGACGAGCGAAGCCAGGAGGAGUUCCCAAGUUUUAUGAAAAGAAAAAUGAACGAAAAACGUGAUGAACUGGAUGACGAACGGAGCCAGGAAGAGUUCCCAAGUUUUAUGAAAAGAAAAAUGAAAGAAAAACGUGACGAACUGGAAGACGAGCGGAGCCAGGAAGAGUUUCCAAGUUUUAUGAAAAGAAGAAUGAAAGAAAAACGUGAUGAACUGGAUGAUGAGCGAAGCCAGGAAGAGUUCCCAAGUUUUAUGAAAAGAAGAAUGAAAGGAAAACGUGACGAACUGGAUGAUGAGCGAAGCCAGGAAGAGUUCCCAAGUUUCUAUAAAAGAAGCAACAAGCAUAAAAGGGAAGAUCCCGAUGACGAGAGAAGCCAAGAGGAAUUUCCCCAGAAAAGACACGUUUCUGUCCUUUACAAACGUGAUAAUCCUGAUGAGGAGCGCAGCCAGGAGGAAUUCCCUCUGUAUGAAUAUAAAAGGACUCAUAUUCUGACCAGCAAAGAAAAACGUGAAGAGCCGGACUAUGAUAGAAGCCAAGAAUUCUUCCCAAGUUACACCCACAAAAGAAACCAUGGGGAUGGAGAAGAAGAGGAUGAGGAGAGUGAGGAAAGAGAGAAGCGGAUAUGGAAGCCAUCACAUAGAUACCACCACAAGAAAAAGCACCACAAACGCAGUGAGAAUGAGGAUUUUGAAGAACCAGACUAUUACAGAAGUCAAGAAGACUUCCCAAGCUACAGCCAAAAAAGAAGCCAUGGGGAUAGCAGGCACUACAAAACAAAUGAAGAUCUGCUGAACAAGCAUAUUAAUGAGGACUUAAACUCUUGGGAAGAGAGAUCUGAAGAGGUAGACGAGGAUACAGCAAAGCGAUACUGGAAACCGACCCAUAGAUACCAUCAUAAGAAGCACCACAAAAGACCCAUGGAAAGAAGGUACGAGGACUCAGAGGAAAGUGAGGAAAUGGAUAAAAGGAUCUGGAAGCCAACACACAUAUAUCACCAUAAGAAGCUUCAUCACAAGCGUGGCGACUCCACAGAGCUCAAGGAUGAAGAUGAACCCAUCUCAGAGAAGACUCACAGUCUCCAUGACUCAACAGGCAAUGAAGAGGAAGAAGAAGAAAUUGUUCAUGAGCUUAAUGAAAAGAGGCGUCCCUUAACCAGCCAAGAGGAAGAUGAGCUGAAGAAAGGACACCAGAGUUUUGCAGAGGAGAAGCAGGACAGGGAGGCUGCGUUGCGGUACCUAACAAAAAAGAAGAAUGAGUUAAAGGAACGUCUACUUAACAAAGGUGAUGUCUAUGAGAAGCGUUCCCCAUGGAUUUACAGAGGAUUCUACCAUCCAGCCUGGUACAAGAGAGGCCAUAAGGUGGAUGAAAGUACUGACCAGCACCCCUACCAUAAACUAGAGGACUUUGCUGAGACUCUCCGGUACAAAAGAGGCCUGCUUACUCAGGGGGAGUCAUUCGAGGAGGAAAAGGGUGUCCCCCAACAGAAGCUUCUCACACCAGAGUUAAAGGAACUUGAGAAACUGGCCUCUGUGGAUCAACAGAUGAAAGAGACAACUUAACCAUUCGAAACCAUUUUCUUGCGCUGCCCGAUUUCAGUGAGCUUUGUGUGUUCUUUGGCUGCUUUAGAUGAAUGCUUUACUAUAUGUCGUACCUGAUUACACCUGCUUUAGAAUUUUGUUAUUUGUGUAAGUCAGUGUUUAACGUGAGAGUCUGAGAAAUAAAACGGUCUAUAAAAGGCAAAGAAGCUUGAUAAUACCAUGUGAAUCAUUUCUCUCUUUAUUACAUCAUAAAAUAUAUAUA